AUGACCUCGCCGUACACGAUGGCCUCGCGGCCGCCGCAUCCCCGCCGGAUUCGGCCCAUCGCCGCGGCCUCCCUGGUGCUGUUCCUCCUCUUCCUCUACACCCGCCCGGAUGGGAACCGUCCGCGGCUCCCGGGCUCCGAUUCGCGCCCGCUCCGCCGCGGGCUCCUCUCCGGCGCCGAUCCCGCCAGCCCCGCCGCGUCCAGAGGCGGGAACCUCUCGGAGGUCACCGGCCUGAACGGCGAGCAGCUGGAGAACCCCUCCACCGCGUGCGCCGGCAUCGCGCGCCACGAGGGUUUCGGGUCCCAGUGCGAGUUCCUCCGGGCGCACCCGCAGUGCAGCUCCGGCGGGUUCGUCGACUACCUGGAUUUCUUUUACUGUCGGUGCGAGAGGUUCAGGCUGCUUGGCUAUGCCGUCCUUGCCGUGUGCCUGGCGGCGCUGUUCUACAUGCUCGGUAACACGGCCGCGGACUACUUCUGCUGCAGCCUCGAGAAGAUGUCCGCCCUGCUGCGGCUCCCGCCGACCGUGGCUGGUGUUACCUUGCUCCCCUUUGGUAAUGGUGCUCCUGAUGUGUUUGCCAGUAUUGCAGCGUUUAUGGGGUCUGGCGCCGGGGAUGUGGGGCUGAACAGCGUGCUGGGCGGAGCGGUGUUUGUUACCUGCGUUGUUGUUGGGGCAGUGUCAUUGUCCGUCGCGGAGAAGAAUGUGCAGAUUGAUUGGAGGUGCUUUGUGAGGGAUGUUGGAUUCUUCCUGAUCACCUUGGUGGCACUGUCUAUUAUGUUGAUUGUCGGGAAGGUGACCGUUUGGGGAGCUAUGCUGUUUGUAUCGAUUUAUGUGGUUUAUGCAUUUGUGGUGGCCGCAAAUGAGUUAUUAAGGAAGCACGCACGGAUGCUGAAGUUUGAUGUAGUCACACCAUUGCUUCCUGUGAGGGGAAGUAUCUUCUCACACGGGCUAGAGGAGGAUGAUUCUGUGUACAGUUCACUUCUUGAGGAGGAUACAAGUGAUGAGGCGGCCCAGGUAAACACAUCAUUGCCGCAGUGGAUGUGGGCUUCUCAUGUGGCUAUCUACUCAAAUCAGGGGAGAGAUGGUUCGCCUGACAGGCCUUUGUGGGGUUGGAAUGAAGAAGGCAGAGUGGAUACGUCCACGCUUAACUACUCCAAAAUGUUUCUGUUUUUGGAGCUACCCUUGACAAUACCAAGAAAGUUGACGAUUCCAAUAGUUGAGGAAGACCGCUGGUCACAAGAAUAUGCUGUUGCCAGUGCUGGCUUGGCACCUCUACUCUUAUCAUUUCUGUGGAACAGCCAGGAUGGAGUAUCCACGGGUGCCAGGGUAGCAGCAUAUGUGAUAGCUGGUAUUUUUGGGAUUGCACUUGCAGGUCUUGCUUUUACAUUCACCAGUCCUGACCGCCCUCCAAGGAGAUACUUACUCCCAUGGGUGUUUGGAGGGUUUGUGAUGAGCAUCGUUUGGUUCUACAUCAUUGCCAAUGAGCUGGUUGCACUGUUGGUUGCAUUUGGGGUGAUACUUGGGAUUAAUCCUUCAAUCCUUGGCUUAACGGUGCUAGCAUGGGGCAAUUCGAUGGGUGACUUGAUGUCAAAUGUGGCCUUGGCAAUGAAUGGAGGAGACGGUGUACAGAUUGCUAUGUCUGGCUGUUAUGCAGGGCCUAUGUUCAACACACUUGCCGGCUUAGGAAUAUCAAUGCUGCUUGGAGCUUGGUCGACAGCACCCAACUCUUACGUUCUUCCACAGGACCGCUCUCUUAUUUACACGAUGAGCUUCCUGGUUGCUGGGUUGGUCUGGGCGCUUGUCACGCUGCCACGGAGCGGCAUGCGGCCUAACAAGACGCUUGGGGUUGGCCUCAUUGCUCUUUACUCAGUUUUCCUUUUCAUUAGAGUAAGCAGUGCUAUGGGGAUAUUGCCACUCCCGGGCUUGAAUUAG